AUGUCUUUCGACGAGAAAUACAUUGAAGAAACAAAGAAAAUCGCUGAACAGCAUGGACUAGAAGCCCUCGUAUCUCAUCUGCAAAAAAAUCUAACUGAAUCUGAAAAUGUCAAGGUCAAUAUUGCUGUAACGGGCAUAUCCGGUUCAGGAAAAUCUUCAUUUAUCAAUACCAUUCGAGGUUUGACACCUUCCCAUGAAGGAGCUGCUGAUGUUGACUGUGUAGAGACAACAAAGAAACCGACACCAUAUCCUUUCCCAUUUGAUGAAAAUGUUAAAAUUUGGGACCUCCCAGGUCUUGGAACACCAGGUUUCACACAAAAAAAUUAUGUCAGACGAGCGGAACUUGAUGAUUACGACUUUUUUCUUAUCCUUACACAAAAACGCUUCACUAACGAUGGUCUGUGGUUAGCAAACAGGGUGAAAGACAUGGGAAAGAAUUUCUUUUUUGUGCGUACUCACUUUGACAAUGAUUUGGCCAAUAGUGAGAGGAAUUUCCCGGGCAGAUACAAAGAGCAUGAACUACUAGAAAAAAUAAAGGAAAACGUCAAGAAACAUGUAGAUGGAGAACAAACAAGUCAACAAGUGGAGAAACCAGAGUAUGUUUAUGUUAUAUCCACAAAUUUCGAUGAUACUAAAAAGUGGGAAUAUGGCAAACUGGUGGCGGAUAUGAAAGAGGCUCUUCCUGACGUAAAGCGCCAAGUGUUAACCCUAGCCCUCUGGGAUCUCUCAGAAGCUUCGAUAAAAGAAAAAAGUGCUGUUUGGAGAUCACUUAUUUGGCCGGGUGCUUUGGCCUAUGGUGCCAUAGGGGCAGUCCAGGCAGUAGUCCCAGGCUUACGUUCGUUCGAUAUGCCUACAUUAGCUAAAAUAGAAAACCGCUUUAGAAAAAGCUUUGGGUUAGACGAUGCCUCACUCGAACGCCUUUCCAAAAGAAACGGGGUCCCUUUGGGAAAAUUAUUGUCGCUGGCGAAGGGUUGUUUUGACAUGUCUUCCUGCAAAACGAUCGAAGAACUCAUCUUAAUGUAUGCAGGUGCGGGUGCCGAAAUUGCCUUUUCUCCAGGUAGUCCCAUGGUCCCUGUCGUUGCCGGCAGUGCAUCCUUCGGAAUGGCACUGUUUGUUCUUCCCAAAAUAUUGGAUCGCAUGGAGAGGGUUGCAAUAGAUGUUAUCAAAGCGGCUUUAGAGUUCGAAAAUAAUUGA